UUUGGCGAUGCUCCAGCGUGACACUAGAAGCAGCAAGGAAGCUUGAACUCUUCGAAGGAUCAAGAAAAAGAAAACAGGAAACACUACACUGGAAAGCGAAUCUAAUCGACCAAAAUUCAAGCUGAAAUUGAUGUUGUUGGUUUUCAAGUGUUAAAGGAAGUCACAAACCAUUUCUGACUGGGCUCAUCGAGCUUCUGACAAUUUUCCUUUCAAAUAAUCCAGAAAAAAGUAUGAACGUCACACGAGUCACCCCAAAUUUGCGAUCUGUCAAUAGCACCUUUAACCAGGAUCCAGGCAUGGAAACAUACCAGCUGAUAAUCCUAGUGGUGUGUUAUUCCAUUGUGUGUCUCGCCAUUUUGACCGUUAACUACCUCAUGGUGCGAGCCUUUAUUACAAAUCAAUCGCUACUAUACCAUCAGAGAUACUUCCUGGGCUACCUCGCCUGCGCUGAUCUUGUGGUGGGACUGGCAUCGAUACCAACCUUCUUGUACAACAUGACUAACUGGCCAAGUUACAGCUUUUACAUCUAUGAAGCAUCUGACUGUGCCUCUGGGUUUGGCUCAGCCGGCAUUCUCGUGGCUCUAUCAGUACAAGCAUUACGUUCAACAUUCAGGUCCCCGACUCGGUACGCAGGUUAUCCUAAAAAGCGCAAUUUUUAUCUCGUCAUCGCGGGCUCGACGUUUAUUGCUGGUGGUGCUGUGGCUUUUAAUGUUGCAUGUCUAAUGGAUUACGUUUCAUUCUUCGUUUACUUCUACUUAGCAGUUGGUUUACUCGCUAUAACCGCCCUCUUCCUUAUCUUCACGUGCACAGUGGUAAUGGUUUCUCAGCUGUAUGGCAAAGUGCGUGAAACUGAUCGCGACGAAGACAAAAAAAUUGUAAAAUCAGUGAUAGCAUCAUGUGCCGUUUAUGUAGUUUUAUGGGCCUUACCUUAUACAGGUUUUACAUAUUAUAAAUUUUGUAACUUUUGUGUCCCUGUUUCCAUAAUGUUUCUGUACAGUGUUAGAAUCGUUUUGUAUCUGAAAUCAAUUUUAAUGCUCGGAUUUUAUUUCUAUACCAUCAGUUCACUUCAUAGAACUGUGAAGAAAAUCCUUACUUAUGACUGUCUUGGAAUACCGAGAUAUCGCUACACCAGAAAAAAUUAAUUGUAACUGAUCUUUUACAAUGUCUCAAACGCGUUUUACUGAAACACUAGCGUUUUCGAACAGGUCUCGAGGCGAAUGUGCUCAGCGGCAUCAGCAUAUAGCGAUAAGCAAGUAUUGAGACUGAUAUAUUAUUUGGUUAUAAUUCACGUUUGUAACAAGAUCACAGGCACGAAAAACCUGUGAGGACUUUGCAAUGUUGAGGUUUCCUUAUAUCCCCUUUUUUAAUAUAAGUAAGUGCUUCAGCACAGCAUGUCUAAUAGAAACAUUCAAAAGAGCUGAGUGUGCGCCCUUAAAAAAAGCAACAAUAUAACCAAUCAUAACACAUUUUUGAACACUAAAAAUGAUCUUAUCUGCCUCGGUCAGAAGACAGUUUUCAAUCGUAAAACUAAACUUUACUUGAGCCAAACUUUUGGCUUGACUGCAGAGUGAGUCUUGCAAAUAUAAUUCUUCUCGAUUCUUCAAUUCAAACGUAAGCUUUUGACAUGUCUGAUGGAUGCUUAAUUUUACCAAUAAAUGUGGCCGAAUAACGGUUCAUAACGAUGUUCACUUAUCAAAGGAUAAUUGAAAAAAAGGUACAGAUUGCGGUUUAAGUUGCUGAGCCCGAACUUGCGUCGGCGUUGCUUCUCAUCAAUCAGAGCUAAGAUCAAGAAGAGCAAAGUUUUCACCUCCUAACCCGACCAAAUUUUAAGCUUUGUAAUUGCCCUGUGAGGCUGGCGUCGUUUAAGUGGUGACCUGGACUCGCCACAAGAACUGUUUAACCAACUUCUUUACUACCUUUUUAAUUCCGCAGUCGUUCUUCAAGAUGUCCCGCUGUUUUUUGAAGCACUGGCAUAUUUGUUUCCUCGACAAAUUGAUUUCAUACUCUCAACGGCGCCUUUUUUCAAACUCAUCUCAGCAAAAUUUAUGAAUUUUAAUGAUUGCUCAAACGCGUCUAUCACAAACCAUUUAA